GCUUGGGCGUCUGGCUUCAUGGUUGCGUUCCGGUGAACGAAAGCGAGUCGUUAUGCUAUGUGCACGGUUGUUGCGCUGAUCUGUCACGUUAGCGUAUCUACUAUCUAAGGUAUCAUGAAUCUGGUCGAAGCCUCGAUCUUGGACCGCCGUAGUGACUGAUCACAAUCUACAAUUACGAGUGACAGCUCCUUGACAUUUCAACUGCUUUGGAUGGGGUAUCUGAGAAGUCGACGUUCUGGACGUGUCGGUUGACGCGUUCCGCGUAAACUUGCACUGACAUGAGUACCAGAGCUGAGGUGAUGCAUGGUGCGAGCCUAUAAGCACUGGUUCGGCCUAGUCUAAGAUCUCAGCGGAAAUCUAGAGUUGCGUCCAUCGCAGUAACCUAAGGGUUCCAACAGCCGAUGACCAUCAGCCUUCAGAAUUUGUCUACUUACUAAAUGCGAGCAAACCCCAGGUCCGGUCUCGUGGCCAGCAUGAGUGGUAGGCAAGCAGGCGGACAAUGCUGCCCAAGCCGACAUAUCGUUGACGUUAAUCGGCCCGUCGAGCUGCCUGACUCUGAUCUCGCCACGAUCGUCCGAGACGCUGCUCGGCGCUUCACCUUGCUCUUGUACACGAGCAUCGCUCAAGAGAUCGAUGAGCCCAUGGUGGUCGUCGUUUUGUACUAGUUAUUGACACAAAAUCGUCAAACGUGAUGUUGCUGUGGUACGAGGCAUUGUUGACGCGGUCG